CUUAUUCGGGCGGUGGCUGGGUGGGGAAUCGUGUCGCCUAGCAGCUGCCGCCGCUAUUGCUUCCUUCGGACCAGUUGGCGAGAUCCAGUGUUGUGUUGGAACCACGCUGGGGAGCGGUCAGGCGUAGUGGCGGGGCCGGUUUGGUGGAUGCGGUAGAUACGGAGCCGCUGCUGAUUGCCAGGCUCGUUCCUGCUUCUCCGAAUCAGGGGUCAGUUUCAGCCUUCCAAGCACCUCCGCGCUUGGCACCAUUAGAUGUCCGCGCGCUUUGGUGAAGGUAAAGCAUUGCUAAAGAAUUCAAGAUGCCACCUAAUAUAAACUGGAAAGAAAUAAUAAAAGUUGACCCAGAUGACCUGCCUCGUCAAGAAGAAUUGGCAGAUAAUUUAUUGGUUUCCUUAUCCAAGGUGGAAGUAAAUGAGCUAAAAAAUGAAAGCCAAGAAAAUAUGAUACACCUUUUCAGAAUUACUCAGUCACUAAUGAAGAUGAAAGCUCAAGAAGUAGAACUAGCUUUGGAAGAAGUUGAAAAAGCUGGAGAAGAACAAGCAAAAUUUGAAAACCAAUUAAAAACUAAAGUAAUGAAACUGGAAAAUGAAUUGGAGAUGGCACAGCAGUCUGCAGGUGGACGUGAUACUCGGUUUUUACGUGAUGAAAUUCGCCAACUUGAAAAGCAGUUGGAACAAAAAGAUAGAGAAUUGGAGGACAUGGAAAAGGAGCUAGAGAAAGAGAAAAAAGUUAAUGAACAAUUGGCUCUUCGAAAUGAGGAAGCAGAAAAUGAAAACAGCAAAUUAAGAAGAGAGAAUGAACAGCUUCGUCAAGAUAUCAUUGACUAUCAGAAACAAAUAGAUUCACAAAAAGAAACACUUUUAUCAAGAAGAGGAGAAGACAGUGACUACCGAUCACAGUUGUCUAAGAAAAACUGUGAACUUGUUCAAUAUCUGGAUGAAAUUCAGACUUUAACGGAAGCUAAUGAGAAGAUUGAAGUUCAGAAUCAAGAAAUGAGAAAAAAUCUAGAAGAGUCUGUACAGGAAAUGGAGAAGAUGACUGAUGAAUAUAAUAGAAUGAAAGCUAUUGUGCAUCAGACAGAUAAUAUAAUGGAUCAAUUAAAAAAAGAAAAUGAUUAUUAUCGCCUUCAGGUGCAAGAACUUACAGAUCUUCUGAAAGCAAAAAAUGAAGAAGAUGAUCCAGUCAUGGUAGCUGUCAAUGCAAAAGUAGAAGAAUGGAAGGUAAUUUUGUCUUCUAAGGAUGAUGAAAUUAUUGAAUAUCAGCAGAUGUUACAUAACCUGAGGGAAAAACUGAAAAAUGCCCAGCUUGAUGCUGAUAAAAGUAAUAUCAUGGCUCUACAACAGGGUAUACAAGAACGAGACAGUCAAAUUAAGAUGCUCACUGAACAAGUAGAACAAUAUACAAAAGAAAUGGAAAAAAAUACUUUUAUUAUUGAAGAUUUGAAAAAUGAGCUCCAAAGAAACAAAGGAACAUCAACACUUUCUCAGCAGACUCAUUAUAUGAAAAUUCAGUCUAAGAUUCAAAUUUUAGAAGAGAAAACUAAAGAGGCUGAGAGAACAGCUGAACUGGCUGAGGCUGAUGCUCGGGAAAAGGAUAAAGAACUAGUUGAGACUCUGAAGCGAUUAAAAGAUUAUGAAUCGGGAAUAUAUGGUUUAGAAGAAGCUGUAAUUGAAAUAAAGAAUUGUAAAAACCAAAUUAAAAUAAGAGAUCGAGAGAUUGAAGUAUUAACAAAGGAAAUCAAUAAACUUGAGAUGAAGAUCAAUGAUUUCCUUGAUGAGAAUGAGGCACUUAGAGAGCGUAUGGGCCUUGACCCGAAGACAAUGAUUGAUUUAACUGAAUUUAGAAAUAGCAAAAGUUUAAAACAGCAGCAGUACAGAGCUGAAAACCAGAUUCUUUUGAAAGAGAUUGAAAGUCUAGAAGAAGAACGACUUGAUCUGAAAAAAAAAAUUCGCCAAAUGGCCCAAGAAAAAGGAAAAAGAAUUGCAGCUUCAGGAUUAACUAUUGAAGAUCUGAACCUAACAGAAAACUUUCUUCAAGAAAAUAGAAUGGGAGAAAGAAAAUUUGAUUUCAUGAGCCUCAAAAAUAUAAGUGAGACACAAUCAAAGAAUGAAGUCAUAGCACAGGAUUUAUUGAUCAAGGAAGCACAGAGUAGAAAUGCAGAAAUUGAGAUUGAACGUCAUAGAAGCCAGGCAGAACAGAACGAAUUUCUUUCAAGAGAACUAAUUGAAAAGGAAAGAGAUCUAGAAAGAAGUAGAACAAUAAUAACUAAAUUUCAGAAUAAAUUAAGAGAAUUAGUAGAAGAAAAUAAACAACUUGAAGAAGGUAUGAAAGAAAUAUUGCAAGCUAUUAAAGAAAUGCAGAAAGAUCCGGAUGUUAAAGGAGGAGAAAUAUCUCUAAUUAUUCCUAGUCUUGAAAGACUAGUUAAUGCUAUAGAAUCAAAAAAUGCAGAGGGAAUCUUUGAUGCCAAUCUGCAUUUGAAAGCCCAAGUUGAUCAACUUACUGGACGGAAUGAAGAAUUAAGACAGGAGCUCAGGGAAUCUCGGAAGGAAGCUAUAAAUUAUUCUCAGCAGUUGGCAAAAGCGAAUUUAAAGGUAGAUCAUCUUGAAAAAGAAACCAGUCUUCUACGGCAGUCAGAAGGAUCAAAUGUUGUUUUUAAAGGAAUAGAGUUACCUGACGGCAUAGCACCAUCUAGUACCAAUAUCAUUAAUUCUCUGAAUGAAUAUUUAAUACAUAUCUUACAGGAACUAGAAUAUAAAGAAAAUAAGUUAAAGAAUGUGGAAGAUUCUCUUGAAGACUAUAACAGAAAAUUUGCAGUAAUUCGUCAUCAACAAAGCUUAUUAUAUAAAGAGUAUCUAAGUGAAAAGGAGACUUGGAAAAUAGAAUCUGAAACAAUGAAAGUGGAAAAGAGGAAACUUGAGGAUCAAAUCCAACACGAUGCUAUAAAAGUAAAAGAAUAUAAUAAUUUGCUCAGUACUCUUAAGAUGGAUUCAGAUGAAAUGAAAAAAACACUUUCAGAAAAUAGUAGAAAAAUCACAGUCUUGCAAGUGAAUGAAAAAUCACUCAUAAGACAAUAUACUACUUUAAUAGAAAUGGAGAGACAACUUAGAAAAGAAAAUGAGAAACAGAAGAAUGAAUUGAUAUCAAUGGAGGCUGAAGUUAGUGAAAAAAUAGGACGUUUGCAACGAUUUAAGGAAAUGGCCAUUUUCAAGAUUGCUGCUCUCCAAAAAGUUAUAGAUAAUAGUGUUUCUCUGUCUGAACUAGAAUUGGCCAAUAAACAAUACAAUGAACUGACUGCUAAGUAUAGGGACAUCUUGCAAAAAGACAAUAUACUUGUUCAAAGAACAAAUAACUUGGAACACCUAGAGUGUGAAAAUGCAUCCCUAAAAGAACAAAUGGAGUCUAUGAAUAAAGAAUUGGAAAUUACCAAGGAAAAACUUCAUACUAUUGAACAAGCCUGGGAACAAGAAACUAAAUUAGGAAAUGAAUCUAACAUGGAUAAGACAAAGAAAUCAAUAACCAACAGUGAGAUUGCUUCUAUUUCAAAAAAAAUCACUAUGCUGGAGAUGAAGGAAUUAAAUGAAAGGCAGCGUGCUGAACAUUCUCAAAAAAUGUAUGAACACAUCAGGACUUCAUUAAAACAAAUGGAAGAACGUAAUUUUGAAUUGGAAACCAAAUUUGCUGAGCUUACCAAAAUCAACUUGGAAGCACAGAAGGUAGAACAGAUGUUAAGAGAUGAAUUAGCUAAUAGUGUGAGCAAGACAGUGAGUGAUGCUGAUAGACAACGGAUUCUAGAAUUAGAGAAGAAUGAAAUGGAACUAAAAGUUGAAGUGUCAAAACUGAGAGAGAUUUCUGACAUUGCCAAAAGGCAAGUUGAAAUUUUGAAUGCACAACAGCAGUCCAGAGAAAAAGAAGUAGAGUCUAUCAGAAUGCAACUGUUAGACUAUCAGGCACAGUCUGAUGAAAAGGCACUAAUAGCCAAGUUGCACCAACAUCUUGUCUCUCUUCAAAUUAGUGAGGCAACUGCUCUUGGUAAGUUGGAGUCAGUUACAUCUAAAUUGCAGAAGAUGGAGGCCUAUAAUUUGCGCUUAGAACAGAAACUUGAUGAAAAAGAACAGGCUCUCUAUUAUGCCCGUUUGGAGGGGAGAAACAGAGCAAAACAUCUGCGCCAAACAAUUCAGUCUUUGCGACGCCAGUUUAGUGGAGCAUUACCCUUGGCACAACAGGAAAAGUUCUCUAAAACAAUGAUUCAGUUACAAAAUGACAAGCUGAAGAUAAUGCAAGAAAUGAAAAAUUCUCAACAAGAACAUAGAAAUAUGGAGAACAAAACGAUGGAGAUGGAAUUAAAGUUAAAGGGGCUAGAAGAGUUAAUAAGCACUUUAAAGGAUGCCAGAGGAGCCCAAAAGGUAAUCAGUUGGCAUGUGAAAAUAGAAGAACUCCGUCUUCAAGAACUUAAACUAAAUAGAGAAUUAGUCAAAGAUAAAGAAGAAAUAAAAUAUUUGAAUAAUAUAAUUUCUGAAUAUGAGCAUACAAUCGGCAGUCUGGAGGAAGAAAUUGUGCAGCAGAACAAGUUUCAUGAGGAAAGGCAAAUGGCCUGGGAUCAAAGGGAAGUUGAGCUGGAACGUCAACUAGACAUUUUUGACCGUCAGCAAAAUGAAAUACUAAAUGCAGCACAAAAGUUUGAAGAGGUUACAGGAUCAAUGCCAGACCCUAGUUUGCCCCUUCCAAAUCAACUUGAGAUUGCUCUAAGAAAAAUUAAGGAGAAUGUUCGAAUAAUCCUAGAAACACGGGCAACUUGCAAAUCACUAGAAGAGAAGCUAAAAGAAAAAGAAUCUGCUUUAUGGUUAGCAGAGCAAAAUAUUCUGUCAAGAGACAAAGUAAUCAAUGAACUGAGGCUUCGAUUGCCUGCCACUGCAGAACGAGAAAAGGUUAUAGCUGAACUAAGCAGAAAAGAGCUAGAACCACAAUCACAUCACACAUUGAAAAUUGCUCAACAAACCAUUGCAAACAUGCAAGCAAGGUUAAAUCAAAAGGAAGAAGUGUUAAAGAAGUAUCAACAUCUUCUGGAAAAAGCCAGAGAGGAGCAAAGAGAAAUUGUUAAGAAACAUGAGGAAGACCUUCAUAUUCUCCAUCAUAAAUUAGAACUGCAGGCUGAUAGUUCACUUAAUAAAUUCAAACAAACAGCUUGGGAUUUAAUAAAACAGUCUCCUACUCCAGUUCCUACCAACAAGCAUUUUAUUCGUCUUGCUGAGAUGGAACAGACAGUAGCAGAACAAGAUGACUCUCUCUCCUCACUUUUGAUCAAACUAAAAAAAGUAUCUCAAGAUUUAGAGAGACAAAAAGAAAUCACUGAAUUAAAGAUCAAAGAAUUUGAACAUACCAAAUUACGGCUCCAAGAAAACCAUGCAGACGAAGUGAAAAAAGUGAAAGCAGAAGUAGAGGAUUUAAAGUGUCUUCUGGCCCAGUCACAAAAGGAGUCACAAAGUUUAAAAUCUGAACUUCAGGCUCAAAAAGAAGCAAAUUCAAGAGCUCCAACAACUACAAUGAGAAAUCUAGUAGAAAGGUUAAAGAGCCAAUUAGCCCUUAAAGAGAAACAACAAAAAGCACUUAGUCGAGCACUUUUAGAACUCCGGGCAGAAAUGACAGCAGCAGCUGAAGAACGUAUUAUUUCUGCAACUUCUCAGAAGGAGGCAAAUCUCAAUGUUCAACAAAUUGUUGAUCGACAUACUAAAGAACUAAAGUCACAAAUUGAAGAUUUAAAUGAAAAUCUUUUAAAAUUGAAAGAAGCUCUUAAAACAAGUAAAAACAGAGAAAAUUCACUAACUGAUAAUUUGAAUGACUUAACCAAUGAACUACAAAAGAAACAAAAAGCCUAUAAUAAAAUGCUUAGAGAGAAAGAUGGAAUCGAUCAAGAGAAUGAUGAACUGAAAAGGCAAAUUAAAAGACUAACCAGUGGAUUACAGGGCAGACCUCUGGUAGAUAAUAAACAAAGUUUAAUUGAAGAACUCCAAAAGAAAAUUAAAAAGCUGGAAAGUCAACUAGAAAGAAAGGUGGAUGAGGUUGAAAUAAAGCCUGUUAAAGAGAAGAGUGCUAGAGAAGAAUUAAUUAGGUGGGAAGAAGGUAAAAAAUGGCAAAGCAAAAUAGAGGGAAUUCGAAACAAGUUAAAAGAGAAAGAAGGGGAAGUCUACAUUCUCACAAAGCAGUUGAAUACUUUGAAGGAUCUUUUUGCCAAAGCUGAUAAAGAGAAACUUACCUUGCAGAAGAAACUAAAAACAACUGGCAUGACUGUUAAUCAGGUUAUGGGAGUGCGAGCUUUGGAGUCAGAAAAAGAGUUGGAAGAAUUAAAAAUGAGAAAUCUUGAGUUAGAAAAUGACGUAUCAUAUAUGAGGACCCAUCAAGCUCUUCCUCGAGAUUCUGUUAUAGAAGAUUUACGUUUACAAAAUAGGUACCUCCAAGAAAAACUUCAUGCUUUAGAAAAACAAUGUUCAAAGGAUACAUAUUCUGGGCCUUCAAAUCUGUUAUGUGACACAACUCCGCUUACCAGUGUUAAUAAGUACAGGCAUAAUAGUUUUCACAAAAGGAACACUUUACAUAGGAACAAAAGAAAACCCAUGACAGUGCUCAGAAUUAAAAAUGAGAAGGGAAUAGUAGCCACUGACAACUUAAAUUAUCAGGUACCUAGAAAUAUUCUGCAGUAUUACCAUAAUGAAGAAAAAAACAAAGCAGAAGAUACUGUACAUCCUACUGAAUUAAAUAUAUCUGAGGCAAGACCAAACAGUAAAUCAAGUCCAUUUAGGCCAACUAAUGGUACAUUGGCAGAUUUUAACUCCAAUUUUGAAAAUGAACCAGAUCUUGAAAUUGAGAAAAUUAAUCAAGACUGUUGUGAAAAUUUUCAGGAAUGUAAAAACAAGGACAAGAAUGAGCUAGGCAAGGAUGAGAAAGAAAAGGGACACAUAGCUGAAGAUGUAAGUCACAACGGCCACGUGGAUCCAGAAGAAUCCUCUGGGGAGAACCAUGAUUAUGGCACAGUUGCUGCUGCAGUGAAUCAGUUUGCUAAGGAGGCUGCGCAGGCAAACUCUGAAACUGAUGCACCAGUCCAGCCAAGAAAUGACGUGUCACAGGUUUGAGUACAUGGCAGUCUUUUAUUUCUUUGUUAGCUGAGUUUUCUUAUAGCAAGUAGUAUGUGUAUGUAGUGCAAAUGGGAAAAAAUUGUGUAGGAUUUGUAAGAAAUAUUUACUGUUAAUAAACUUAUCCUUAAACUCUAACAUUUGACUAGUACUUACAAAAUUAGUGGUUAUACAUUUCUAAAUUCAUUUUAGUACUCUGUUUUACUACUGAUGCUCACUUAAUAUGAUUAGAUAACAAAAUAACAAAAAUUAGAAGUGUUUGCAAUUAUAUUUUGUAUAUAUAUGAUGAAAAUAUUCAUCUUCUCCAAAAGCUUGUAAAUUGAUGAGUAUCUUAAAUUUGUUGUGUUUUCUGUUCUAAUCUUCAUUCAACAUUUAAUGUGUAUCAUAUACAAGGACAUAAUAUGAGAAAAAUUGUUUCUAGUUGGAAAAGAGAUGAAUUCUGUUUUUAGUAUACUAAAUUUCAGGUGUUUGUGUUCAUACCUUAUGUAUAAGACAUAGAGUUCUAAAGAGUUUGAGAAGGUAGGCUAGAGAUUGGAAGUUUACCAACUGGAGAAUGAAGGCUAGGAUUUGAUCAGUUUGUGUAUCUGGUAAACAAGCAGUCUAAGAUGUAAAUGUAUCUACAAUGAAAGAUAUAAAUACAAUGAAAUGUUCUGCUCUUUUGGUAUUAGUGUUGUGUUUGAUGCAUCAGAGUUGUAAAGAAGGAUGAAAACUAAGAUCUUGGGUUGAACCAGGGAAGGGGUCUUUGGAGAUGUGAGAUUAGGUAAAGUAUUGCCGAGUAAAGUUAGAUUGGAGGAGAAUUAAGAUGAGUUGAUAAAGAAGUAGAACACUGUAGUUAAAAAAUUCUGCUGGGGAUAGGAAAGCAAGAAGAAUAAAAUAAAUUGUAGAAUUAAAUGGUGGUUUUUCCAGUUAUAGAAUGUGUGUAUAUAUGUCGGCAAACCACUUAUAAUGGAAAAUGAACCUUAAGAAGAAUGAAAAACCCUGAAACUCAAAAAAACUAAUUUUCAUCAUAUAAAUUUCACAUAUAGAAUAAUGUUAGGAGUAUCUCUGGAGGAGUUAAAAUCCUUUGAUUAAAUCAUUCCACUAAUCUUUGAAUUUUUAAUGUAUGCUUAGGGUGUUUAAAGUUUUAGAAAUGCAUAAAAAUAUAUUGUUAAAAACUGAAUAAGUUCAUAGAAAAUAUAGUUACAAUAUUUUUGCUGAUAAAAUAUAGGUAUAAUUAGAAUAUUUCAUAUGUAGAUUUUAACAUGAUGUGAUGAGAGGGAACUUUAAGCACAUUUAUCAUAUAACUGACUUCAAAAGAAUCAGGAAAAAAAUCAGGGAUGGCAAAUUAUAAGAGUAUGAUGCUUACAUUGAAACUCGGACUGCUCCAAAGUUAUAAUUUAAAAAUGGUAUGCAUCUAUGGAAAAGAAAACUCUAAUAAAAUGAAACAAAAUGUUGACUGUAAAAUGUUUGAAAAUAUCUAAUAGACCAAAUACUAUAGGUAUGAUUGUAAUCAUUAUGAUUGUCAGAGAUACUGGACCCAUGGUCCUCUGAAUAUAUAAUAUAAAGUAAUAUUAGAGAAUAUUCAUUGGGUAUUGUAUCAGCUACUAUGUAAUGCUUUACAUAUGUUAAAAUUAAAUGGCACUUUCAAAAUGUAAAAUAAUACACAUUUCAGGUACUUAAUUAGUAGAAAAUGAAAAGAUAUAUAUUUUUCCUACUUAUAGACAGUGGUCAAACUUUUAAAAUCAGUCUUAAAAAAAUGGGUCCUAUUCAUGCUUUCAAAUAUUCCAAGUUGACAUCACAACAACCUUUAUCCUAAAUGAUAAACUUUUUAUGUACAGAGUGGUAUCAAUAAAAUGGUGUUUGUUUACAAAAAAAAAUUAGAGAUGUUUGUUCACCUUAGAAAUUUCUAAUGCAGCAUGCUGUAAAAUCUCACUACAAGUAAAAUUUCACUGUGGUAAAUAUCAAUAAAAAUUUGUUAAACGAUG